CACUAUAUAAGGCCCGCCCUUUGUCCGCCCACUGCAGUUGUGUUCAGACAGAUUUUGGCGCAGUAACCGCGGUUAGUGUGUCAGCUUAUCGUUUACAGCAAACAUGCAGAUCUUUGUGAAAACACUUACUGGGAAGACCAUUACAUUGGAGGUUGAGCCCAGUGACACUAUUGAGAACGUGAAGGCAAAAAUCCAAGACAAAGAAGGCAUCCCUCCUGACCAGCAGAGAUUGAUCUUUGCUGGAAAGCAGCUGGAAGAUGGCCGCACGCUUUCAGACUAUAAUAUUCAGAAAGAAUCCACUCUGCACUUGGUUCUCCGUCUGCGAGGUGGUAUGCAGAUCUUUGUGAAGACACUCACUGGGAAGACCAUUACAUUGGAGGUUGAGCCCAGUGACACUAUUGAGAACGUGAAGGCAAAAAUCCAAGACAAAGAAGGCAUCCCUCCUGACCAGCAGAGACUGAUCUUUGCUGGAAAGCAGCUGGAAGAUGGCCGCACGCUUUCAGACUAUAAUAUUCAGAAAGAAUCCACUCUGCACUUGGUUCUCCGUCUGCGAGGUGGUAUGCAGAUCUUUGUGAAGACACUCACUGGGAAGACCAUUACAUUGGAGGUUGAGCCCAGUGACACUAUUGAGAACGUGAAGGCAAAAAUCCAAGACAAAGAAGGCAUCCCUCCUGACCAGCAGAGAUUGAUCUUUGCUGGAAAGCAGCUGGAAGAUGGCCGCACGCUUUCAGACUAUAAUAUUCAGAAAGAAUCCACUCUGCACUUGGUUCUCCGUCUGCGAGGUGGUAUGCAGAUCUUUGUGAAGACACUCACUGGGAAGACCAUUACAUUGGAGGUUGAGCCCAGUGACACUAUUGAGAACGUGAAGGCAAAGAUCCAAGACAAAGAAGGCAUCCCUCCUGACCAGCAGAGAUUGAUCUUUGCUGGAAAGCAGCUGGAAGAUGGCCGCACGCUUUCAGACUAUAAUAUUCAGAAAGAAUCCACUCUGCACUUGGUUCUCCGUCUGCGAGGUGGUAUGCAGAUCUUUGUGAAGACACUCACUGGGAAGACCAUUACAUUGGAGGUUGAGCCCAGUGACACUAUUGAGAACGUGAAGGCAAAGAUCCAAGACAAAGAAGGCAUCCCUCCUGACCAGCAGAGAUUGAUCUUUGCUGGAAAGCAGCUGGAAGAUGGCCGCACGCUUUCAGACUAUAAUAUUCAGAAAGAAUCCACUCUGCACUUGGUUCUCCGUCUGCGAGGUGGUAUGCAGAUCUUUGUGAAGACACUCACUGGGAAGACCAUUACAUUGGAGGUUGAGCCCAGUGACACUAUUGAGAACGUGAAGGCAAAAAUCCAAGACAAAGAAGGCAUCCCUCCUGACCAGCAGAGACUGAUCUUUGCUGGAAAGCAGCUGGAAGAUGGCCGCACGCUUUCAGACUAUAAUAUUCAGAAAGAAUCCACUCUGCACUUGGUUCUCCGUCUGCGAGGUGGUAUGCAGAUCUUUGUGAAGACACUCACUGGGAAGACCAUUACAUUGGAGGUUGAGCCCAGUGACACUAUUGAGAACGUGAAGGCAAAGAUCCAAGACAAAGAAGGCAUCCCACCUGACCAGCAGAGAUUGAUCUUUGCUGGAAAGCAGCUGGAAGAUGGCCGCACGCUUUCAGACUAUAAUAUUCAGAAAGAAUCCACUCUGCACUUGGUUCUCCGUCUGCGAGGUGGUAUGCAGAUCUUUGUGAAGACACUCACUGGGAAGACCAUUACAUUGGAGGUUGAGCCCAGUGACACUAUUGAGAACGUGAAGGCAAAGAUCCAAGACAAAGAAGGCAUCCCACCUGACCAGCAGAGAUUGAUAUUUGCUGGAAAGCAGCUGGAAGAUGGCCGCACACUCUCUGACUACAACAUUCAAAAAGAGUCUACACUCCACCUUGUUCUGCGCUUGAGAGGUGGCAUCUAAGACAAUCACUCUGCAUCUGUUCUGCAAGCAUUUUAGUUGAUGCUUUUUGUUGCACUUUCAAUAAAGCUAUUGCAUUCCAAA